AUGUCCAAGACAGACAGCCAAAGGCCAUUUCACGUUGUCAUCGUGGGUGCUUCUGUCGCCGGUUUGACUCUCGCCCACUGUCUGUCCAGCACUAGCAUCGAAUUCACCAUUCUGGAGGCAAGGUCCGAUUCGUUCUCAGAUGGCGCUGGGCUCGCAAUCCUUCCGAAUGGCGCCCGUAUUCUGGAUCAGCUGGGACUGUAUCAAGAUGUGUUGGAUCAGGGUCAAUGUAUGGUAUCGCACAGCACUUGGCUUGAAGACGGGCGUCUGCUGCGACGAGUUGAUGCCCGACAUCUCCGAUCUAUCGGACGAACCAAUUAUCCUUUUAUCAUUAUCUCACGACGGGCGCUCCUAGGUAUCCUGUAUACACGUCUUCAGAGGAGGAGUUGCGUGUCCUUCAACAAAAGAGUUUCCCGGAUCGUCUCAUCCACGCAGGAUGUCAUGGUUUACACCGCGGACGGUUCCAGUGUCUCGGGUGAUUUGGUGGUUGGUGCUGACGGAGUGUACAGCACAGUACGUACGCAAAUGUGGCACCAUAUCAAAAAUGUUGAAGAUGCUUCCACACGCUCCCAUCGGUUAUCGGAGGUCCCCUUGACUGAUGCCUUCGGCGGUGUCUUUGGCAUCUCCCAGUCAAUCCCUGGCCUGGAAAGAGGAAACGUCCACCGAACAUAUGGACGUGGCUGGUCAAUAAUCAUCAUGAUAGGGGCAGACUCCAAAGUCUUCUGGUUCAUUGCGAUUGCACGCACAGGGACAGACCAGGCGAUGCCACACCGUAGUUCCGACAGAGUUUGCGUGGCCGGCAUCAUCGAACCUCUCCUCGAGAAACACGUCACCUUCCAUGUCAAAUUUGGCGAGGUUUUUAAUCAUGCAGAAUCAUGUAUUCUCGUCCCACUUGAAGAGUCGUUUCAAGCAAAAUGGUCCUGGGGCCGGUUUGUAGGCAUAGGAGAUGCGAUGACACCCAACCUAGCCGAGGGAGCAAAUUGCGGUAUGGAAUCCGCAGCAUCCCUUGCGAAUUAUCUGUCUUCUUUUACCAGGGGGUCGACAGCCUUAUACACACAAGAAAGACUCGGUUCAACCCUGAAGACAUGGGAAGACUCGCGUAAGCGCAGAACGAAGUCCCUCUUCAUUGUGUCGCAAUGCGCCGUCCGCAUAGAGGCUACGACUAGCUGGGUACUCAGGCUGCUUCAAACGUUUCUUGGGUUGAUCCAUGUCACGGGGAUUGGUUUGCUCACGGAUAUUACCUCUCGUACGGCACGAGUAGACUACCUUCCUUUACCAUCGCGCAAGGGUGUGGAGCGAAUCCAGAGAGACAAAGAGCAGGAGCCUGAGUGGAACAUACAACUAUCCACACUUCCCCUGACCGCAACUGUUAGCUUGGUCUUCUAUGUCCUGCAUGCCGUGGGGAUGUAGACGGUGAAUCAACUCGAUCGGCCUAGCCUGGUCGGUUCCUAGGAAUGAUAGAAGGUCAUUAUUACCUACCUGUCUUUGCAUCAGCCGAGAAAGUGACUUUUGGAAAUCAAUAGGCAGCUGUAUUCUGUAGUCUAAGCCCCAAGCGCGAUCUGGGGCAGUUAAGCGACUUAGGCUGAGGGCUUUUUUUUGUUCUUGUCGGGUCGGGGGGAUUGAAUGCGGCGGCCAUUAGCACGCCUGAGGGAUUUACCCAAGCCACUGAUCUCAACCACCCCCCAUCCUCUGAACCAAGGUCCCGCAACCAGUGGCUCUUGAUAAACCCGCAUGCCUCGCUGACCUGGAAUUCCUUCCUGUCACCAGCUAAAUCUCGCAUGGCAUCUGCACGGACGUUGCGCGUGGUUGACAGUCCGAGCUUUCGCUUCCCACUAUAAAGGCUGGUGACGGUGGGCUUCCAGGCUGCUCUCUA